AGGUGUUGGUCAGCACAGCCGAUCGCUUACGUCGUCGUCGCUCGGUUUUCUGCAACCGUUGCCCUUCCACGUUGAACCACGACUUGCACGGCGGGAAUGGCGGACGAUGAUUGGCCAUCCCAACGAUUUCGAGAUCACGUCAUUAAUCGACUGGAGCCAGAAUUGGCUCGAAAUCGACAGAACGCUCCGAAUCUGCCAGUUCCCGGAGACGCUCGUCAAGUAGAAGAAUAUGUAUUCCAAAAGUGCCUCAGUAAGGACGAGUACAUGCGCACGAUAGCUAAGGUGAUAAAUGCGAUCAAUUGCAAUGCAAAAUCCGCAGCAGUCCCUUCGGUUCUGCAGCCGUCAUUUCACAGCCCUCCAUGCUCGGCACCGAGUGUAAAUAGCAACAAUACGAAUUCGACAACAUCAUAUCGAACUUCGGUGCCACCUGAUCCCCAGCCAACGCAGACAAGGAAUCAAAGUCAGUCGGCAGCUGUCACGCAACAGCUUACUAUUCAGCAACAACAACAACCUGCGCCUGUAAUGCCGAAUCAGCAACCAUCAUUCCCCUCUCCUGAUCAAUCUCGGGGUCCACCGCCAUCUUAUGGUGCGCCUCCUCUCGGACAACCACCACCGCAAAUGCAACCGUCCGCCGCUCAACCUAUGCAGCAGCAGCAGCAGAUGAUGCCACAAGGUGCUUGCCCUCCAUAUCAAAUGAUGUCUCCCCAGCAGUCGCAACAACAACAGCCUCUACCUCCAUAUGACGCCCGCAUGCAAAAGCAACCUAAACAGGAACCAAUGUCUCGCAGUUGGGAUGCACAAGGCAUGCAUUAUCCCCCAUCUCAACAGCAAUGGGCGCAGCAUCCCGGUUAUGCGCAACCUUCACAACAACAACAAAUGCCACCUCAUCAUAGCCAGCAGCCGCAACCGGGACAACAGCCGCCCGUUAGUGGACAGUCCACAGUGCUUGAAGCGCUCAUCAACCAACCCCAGUACCCUUCGGCUCCACCGCAGAUGAGUCGACAUCCUCAAAUGAUGAUGUCUGGACCAAGUGGGCAAAUGGCCCCUCCUGGCCAUAUGGGUGGUCCCAUGGAUACUCAGCAUGACCAACAACAAAUCUAUAACCAGAAAUUACGGACGUUGAGGCCGUACUGUGAAAAUCUCAAAUUGCGUGCGCAACAAUGUCGUAUGGAGGGAAACAUGGAAGCUGCGCAAAAAUUAGAAACUAUGCUGGGUGUAUUAGAAGGCCGUCGAGUUGUUAGCCUUGAAUACUUGCUCAAUCUCGAAAACUGGAUCCAUAAGAAAGCUGAUUUCUUGGCGGCUACUACUCACAACCCUCAUGCCAUGCAAAAUGGACACAUGGGGAUGGCAGGACAAGGAAUGGUGGAUGGCAUCAAUGCUGUCCUCAAUACUCCUGAUCAUCAUCCCAACUCCAUGUAUGGAAGUCAAGGUGGAUACGGUCCUCCUCCAAUGCAUCAGGGUGGCUACCCUCCCAUGCAUCCACAACAAAUGUGGCCAUCACAACACUUACAACAACAAGGUAUGAUGAUGGGCCCACCUAUGAAUCAGUCUCAAGGCGGUGGUCCAAUGCAAACGUAUAGGGAAUCUCCAGUGGAACAUCAUCGACCGUACCCGGUUGUACGACCACAAAUGCGGCCCCCACCUGUCGUGCAAACGAUGCAGCCGCAGUCCAUGGAUCCUUUACGGAUGGGAGGCGCUGCGAUGGACCCACUUAUGAACACAGCCCCUACCCCAACUGCAUUACCACCACGUCCCACAACGUCGACCACCACGACCCCUGUGAUGGCUGCACCACCUGGACCUGGCAAUAAUGGAACUGCCAGUAGUGCAGGCUCCGCUGAACAACCUGGUGUUGAUGAUUUAUACAAUAUGGACGAUUUCUUGCCUACCCCCAUGGAAGCCGUUGCAAAUGUGCAGGGAAAUGGGGCGAAACCCGCAUUGCCUGAAGCUGCCCGUCGCGAACUUUCGCAAUUAUCGGAUAGGUUUGAGUUCGACAACAGUCCCGAGUCUCACCAUGACCCACACUGUGCCCUCGUCAAAUGCAAAAUCAAAGGGCAACAGGUGCCUGCACUUCGUUUGGUCAUUCCGCUAUCAUAUCCUGCCGCCUCUGUCACUGUUGAUCGUGCCGCUAUCGAUCUUGACGCUUUCUUCUAUGAUGAUUUGCAAAAUGUAGUUCACGAAAGGCUUGCACGGCCCGGACUACACUCGAUUACCGAUUUCCUCAAUACUUGGGAGAGUACGGUAAGACAGUACACGUCGAAUCAGAACAAUGCUAAUACUACGAUCUCGCCAUUCGACGAACUCUUCCAAAACUACGACAAUAUCAUCACGUGAGCCCAAUGGGUUAGCUGUUAUGACUCGGACUGCCCGUUCUGCUCAGCCGCAGCGCUGCGCCUGUACAGUUCUCUACAGUACUUCUUGUCCUAUUAGCUAUUUUUCCCUAUAUCUCGUUUCAACACAUGCAAAUUUUGUGUGCGCCACCGCUCCGGUAUCCAGGCUAUUUGAUUUGAUGAUUCGAUCGCUCUCAUUUCUACCUUGUACAGAGUUAUCACACACACACCUUUCUCAUUACUAAGUACCUUCAUAACACAGUGUUUAUUCAUACAAAAAAUUUCCCCUUUCAACUCACCAUAGUCACCCCACGUUGACUUAGUGUUGACUAUCAAUCUGCCGUUUUUUGCUUAUCUGAUUGAUGCAGGCCUAUUUUUAUUUGAUUUUAUAUACCACCAUGUGGAUGCCGUUAAUCACAUCCGCUUUGCAGCCCUUUGUUUGUCCCUCUUUCCUUUUGCGAGUACAGUUCGUCAGUACGGAUAGUAGGACGAGUAUGUGAGGCAACGCACGACUUUUCCUUAGGAAUAGUUUUUCUGUAAGAUGUUAGAGAAGGAACUGUAGUGUCAGUCUAAACUCUCCCAGUCGUGCGCAACGCUUCAUUGCUCGUUUUGCCCUAGGCCCUGUGAUUUAGAGUGAAUAGUCUCUCCGGGCAUCGUUUUCACCUCUCCCAGCCCAGCCUCCUUGAACCAACAUCAACUACACGCGGUUUGUUUUCGUAUUCGUAUUCUCUGUUUGCUCUUAUGAAAUAUUAUUGUUUGUUUCACACAUCCAUCGUUUCUAAUUUUUAUUCUUCUCAUUUACACAUCUUUGAGAUUUACAAAUAUAUUUUCUAUGUUCUGCAAUCAAUGAUUCUAUUUCGUGAGUGAUAUCAGAAUGAGUCUACGUUGUCAGAAUACACGAGAAUAAAUGUUUAUUUAAGUACAAAAACUGU